AAUCCAGGGAGUAACUGAAUUCAAUUUUUUUUUUUUGUAAUUAUUAUUCGGAUAUUUAUUUACUUUGAAAACCUUCACCAACUCCGUCAGGCUCUCCUGACCCCUGUUUUUAGGGGGUUUGGUAGCUUUGCUCUCGUUGACGAUUAAGGACAGAGGAUUUCGAACCUUGUUACGAUGUGAAAAUAAUUUUGUAGGGGGCGCCGUUGAGUAAUUCUUUAGAAUCGAUAUCCUGAGCACAUUAAAAUUCGUACAUUUUUACGAGACUUGUUGCGCCUGUGAGUUUUUGAGUAUGUUAAGUCACUGAAAAGAAAUGAAUUCAUAAGAAGACAAAUAAGAAUCCAAGUGAACCCAAUAAUAAGGUCUGACAAUAAAUCCAGCACUGGCGCUUUUACUCUGAAGGCUCAACAAGCAAAGCGGAAGUCUUUCACGAUCUUAAAACUUCCGGGUGUCGAUGGCGGACAGAAGAGAUUGAGCCUGAAAGCGAAAAACGAGAGAAAGAGAGGGAUGAAGUGAAGCUUUGCAUUGCUAUUGGAGCGUUGUGCCCUUUAUCCUGCUCCAGGGCCCUUACGAGGCCCCUGCUCGGAGGGCUCGCAGGGAGCCUGCUCCUGAUUGAAGAGCAGACUGUGUCAUUCAGGCUCAUCUGAAAGCCCAGUUUCCACUGUUGGACCUGCUGUGGACCAGGACUGCCCCAUCCAUCAACCUCCUUGACCUUCUUAAGAUUGUAAACACCAUGUCUCAUCCCCUUUAUAACCCGUACGACUCGGGGAACCAGAGUUCCACCCAGGGGCCAUAUGGACUCUCUAGUGUGCAGGCAGAGAGGGACCCUCAGAGGGCAACCAAUGUCCUGGGACCAGGGUCCAGCUUCUGUUCUUCUGCAACUUCUUCUGCAACUCCUGCCAACCACGGUGGAAAAAUCCCAUCACUGCUGAACUACAGGCCUGAACAGGGUCCGGCCAGAAUGAACAUAGGGGACAUACAGAGGUCUGUCAACUCGCAUAUUAGCAGAGCCAGAGAAGAGGGGACAUCCAUAGGCCAGAGCACUCGCUUUAACCACACUCACAGAGAUGAGAUUCACUCCUCAGGCGCAGGGACAACUUCCUAUCAGAUGUCCUCUGCCUCUGUUGGACACAGACACUCUGAUGUUGGAAGUAGAAGCAGCUCCUUGGACUGGUUGCCGUGCUACGAAAGAUCAACAGCAGAUUCUUCCUCGAAUUUUUUUUCAUCACCUGCUUCUUGUCGCCGUACCACGAGCGGUGGCAGUACGUUUAAUGCGUCCAGUGAAAGACAGCGUGAUGGACAGUCCGUUCCAGAAUUAGGUGAUUAUGACUAUCGUGUGCCAGACAAACCUGCAGCUCCGACUGAGACAACUCACCCCAUGUACACUUCCGAAUCUGCUUCUAGCAUCCUUUUAAAUUUUGGACUUGAAAGAGAGGAUUUGGAAUAUCUCGUCCAAUACCCUGAGGAUCAGCUCACCCCUGCCAAACUUCCGUUCAUCUUGCGGCAAAUCCGCAUUCAGAAGACCAGUAGGGCUAUGACGGCAGUUGAGUCAAAACCCUAUCCUGAACCCCAGCCAUUCAGAGGAGUCAGUGGCAGAGACCAUAGUUCUGGAGGGUCCUCUGCUGUUCUCCAGCCCAGUAAAGUGAUUGACUAUGGACAUACUAGCAAAUAUGUUGGAGGGGCUGCGGAUGAGGUGGGAAGAAAUAGUGGCAGAAGUGCAAACAGUGGUGGGAGUGGCAGUAUGUUGUUAGUGAACACUAACAAUAGCAGCCACAGUGAAGAACCACCUCAAAAGAAAGGUAGCUCUGUCGCCAACUCUUCAUACAAUUCAAUCCAGAGCUCACUUGCUCCCCCAUGCAUUGAUCCAGCAAAGCGAUUGAAGACCCAACCAAACCAGACACCUCCAACAAUCGUUAGUUCUUCUAUGCCAAGUAAAGACAGAGACAGAACAGUUUAUACGCCUGAAACCUGCAAACCCCUUCCAUUGAAAGAACGAGAGACAGAUAGCAAGUUAGCAUCAAUGACCCAACCCUCUUGCACUUUGUUUCGUGGUGUGUAUCCUAACCGACCUGGUCUUGUGGUCAUUGGCAACAGUGAUGGCAGUGGCACUAAGAAUCAGAGCGCAACUCAAGGUAAAGGGUCAGUUGUUGCUGAGCAGAAGCAGGUGCAGCAGAGGCAGCAGAACCUGAUGCAGCAGAAACAGGUGCAGCAGAACCCGAUGCAGCAGAGGCAGCAGAACCAGAUGCA